GCCCGCUGCCGUAAAGACUCGGCUGGAUACGAGCACAGACAGACAGACAGACAGACAGACGGAGGUAGGCAGAGCUCACAGAGAGGAGGGAGGACAACACUCACUCAACAUUUCAUUUUCAUUUUCACAAGUCUGUCACACAUAGAGACGCACGAGAGGUGGCUUUCCUCUGUAGUCCACUCAGGAUUUUAAGGCUAUAAACCAGUCAGACAGCAGCUCCAAGUGUUCUCUACUUUUAGUCAAUAGGAUGCGCGUCUUCUCCAGCCGACCCGGUGCAGUUUGACACAUUCUGGAUCCACGAGCCGGUCUUACUUUCUAACUCGGCGGAGGGAAAAGUUGGGCUCAUUGAAACUGCUGUGGCCGUACUUUUGGAUGCCACGGAAAUGGGAUCGCAGCAGCGAGAGAGCGUGUCCGCGCUUUGCAGGAAAAGUUUGCUGAGAACUGUGCUGAUCCUGUGGCUCGGCACGCUGGUGGACGGGACCUGGAAGACGGGACUUUACAAAACAUAUUCAGCCGGGACGCAGCUGAACAGAGACCAGACCGGAGCCUCUCACACCUCAGUCUACCAGAAAAGGAACUGGUGUCCUCAUACAGUCACCAAGACGGUGACCUGCCAGGUGCAGAAUGGGACGGUCCUCCAGCGAGUCUACCAGACGUGCCGCUGGCCGCAGGGAUGUACAGGAGGCAGCUACAGGACGGUGGUCAGACCUUCCUAUAAAGUGGUGUAUCGCACUGUGACGUCUCUGGAGUGGAAAUGCUGCCCAGGAUUCAGCGGUGCCGCCUGUGAAGAAGAUGCAGGGAACCAGCUUGUGGCUCAAGAGGCAGUGAGGAAACCAUCCACACUCCGCCGGCCGCCUGCUCGCACAGGAGAGUCCAUCUCUAAUUGUCUCAACUGCAGUCGAAUCACAGCUCUGAGUGACCGGCUGAACUCUCUGGAGGCGAAGGUCCAGGUACUCACAGCACCGGCCUCCACGUCACAUCGCCACCUUCAGAGCAAAGGAGGAAGCGUUCCUGAGGCCUCCCUACUGAUGGGGGCCGUGCCCGCUCAGGGGGCUCCUGGUGAGCAGGGGCCUGCAGGUCCUCAGGGUGAAAAGGGGAGAGAUGGGCUUCCUGGCAGAGAUGGGAAGCCAGGGUCUCGAGGGCUGCCAGGUCCCAGUGGGCCCCGGGGGGAGGCUGGGACGAGGGGCCCAUCUGGAACCCCUGGAUUGAAAGGAUCCCAGGGACCAGCAGGCCCCCGUGGUCCACCAGGACUCCCAGGAGACAGGGGUCUACCGGGCCCGCCUGGCCCACCGGGGCCUCCGGGACCCCCAGCGCCAGCCAGUGCCCACAUCCCAGAACCAGAUCACAAUCGUGGAAAAGACCCCUUCUUCACCAACACUUUCCAUGACUCACGAGGGUUGCCUGUUCCAGGACCUCAGGGUCCUCCCGGGCCUAUCGGUCCUCCAGGUCCUAAAGGCCCAUUAGGACCACCCGGCCCAGCAGGACAGAACGGGAAACCUGGAGCUCCUGGAACACAAGGCCCUGUGGGGCCAAAGGGAGAGCGUGGGGAGAGAGGUCCUUUAGGUUACCCAGGAGAGAGGGGCUUCAGAGGCGAGCCGGGAGCACCAGGUCCCAAGGGAGAGCCGGGAGAGAAGGGCUUACCGGACAUUAGCUUGCAGAUGUUCCACGACUUGCAGGCAGACCUUGAGCUUCUGGCUCGCAGGGUGACACUGCUGGAGGCUAUCAUCUGGCCAGAGCCUGAUCUAGGGUCUGGGGAUGGACCAUUUGGCACAGCCUCCCCUAGUUUCUACAGAGAUAAGCGAGCAGGUGCACUUCCACAUCGACUUGCUUCUCCUCUGUCCUCCGACACCAAGGUUCGAGGGAAGUAGCUCCCCCUCCCCCUGCUCACCCUGAGGAUCACAGGCUGGGUUGACCUCCCCUCCUAGGUCUCAUCGGCUCUCAACAGAUUUAGACCAUAUCUGAUACCCUCUGUGGGCUUUACCAUCAGAUUUAGGAUGGGGGACACCUCAGGGAAACUCCACUGAUACUCCGCAAUGCCCUGAUCCAUCGGGAACCUGAGAACUAGUUUGACCCCCCCACACACCCACCCAUCGCCAUAACCAAACAUUUAACCUUUCCACAACACUCCCAACAGCUCCUUCUGUAUCUCAUUUCUGUGGCUUCAGAACUAAAGCCUCAGAUUAAGGUGUUUAAAAAAAAAAAAAGGAAAUCUGAAUCUUCUGUGGUGCUCAAGUUACAAACUGUUCUGGACAAUAAGGGUCAUUUAGUGUAAUCAAGUGAAGGAGAAAUCAGACGUGAGAAAAGAGACUGGAUUUAAGUUUGUAUUGCUUUCAUAAUAUAACUGCAAUCUGAAGAGAGUCCAUUAUUUAAGUAUAUUGCGCAUGUACAGUUUGCAGGACACAAUUACACAAACAAACCUCCUCUUCUAGUAUUAAUUUUGUUAUCCUUCUAUCAUAUCGUUUAACUCAAUGUUAUGUAGUGCACUAAAAAGAUGAAGUCAUCUCCACUCUAACUGAGAUACUGUAUGUGUUGCUAACAGUGAUUUGUAGUUUUUCUGGUGUAAGUGUGAGUGAGUUUCCCCCCCCUUAAAGUACGUACCAAUAAAGAGAAUAGCAUUUUGACAUUUAAUCUGUGCAACAAAAGACAAAAAAAAAGUGCACAAACAUUUGUAUUUGGCUGCAUAUCAGCAGGAACAGUCGUGAACAGUGUUGGAAACAAAAUGCAUUGAAAUAACUCUUUGCAAAUCUGGCUGCCUGUGUCAAGAUGUUAAACACACACACAUACACGCAGAGGAAAUAGCAAAACUGUUAAUAGAACUUGAACAUGUUUUUACCACUGUUGUGUUGGUAAACUGCUUAAACUGUCCUGAUGAAAAGACUUUUUUUCAUCUUAUAUCAAACUUAUUGUGAAACUAUUUAAAAUGAUGAAUUGUAGUUUAUUUUGUAUGCUGUCGUGUAACCAUUUCAUAUUUUGGACCUUUUUUUUUUUUUCUUGCAAAUGUGUUACUGUGUUAAGAUAAUCCUGUCUAGAUGAUCGGUGUAAUAAAAUAAUGUUCAUUGGUUUUUUUUAAA